AUGCGCCGCGGAACCAUCGUCUUCCUGGUCAUCAACCUGAUCAUAAUCGGCUUCCUGGUCCACGCCUGCAGCUCGCUCAUCGCUCUCCUCUUCACAGACGGCGCCGAAGAUGCCAUACACAGGGCGGAGAUCCCCGCGCCGGGCAGCAACUCGACUGAUGACAAGAUGCAGCUCAUCCCCAAGAUUAUACAUCAAACCUACAUCAACGAGUCCAUUCCGGUGCGGUGGAAGGCGGGCCAGCAGAGCUGUAUCGACUUGCACGAGGACUAUGAGUACAUCCUGUGGACCGACGCCAAAUCCCGCGAGUUCAUAGCGACCGAAUACCCAUGGGCCCUUGCCAACUUCGACAGCUACAACUUCCCUAUCCAGCGCGCGGACGCUAUACGUUACUUUGUUCUCGCCCACUACGGCGGCGUCUACAUCGACCUGGACGACGGCUGCAACCGCCGCCUCGAUCCCCUGCUCUCCUAUCCCGCGUGGGUGCGCCGCACCUUGCCGACGGGAAUCUCGAACGACGCGAUGGGCUCAGUGCCUAAACACCCCUUCUUCAUGCGCACGAUAGAGUCCUUGGCCUCGUAUAACCGCGCCUGGGGAAUGCCGUAUAUCACCGUCAUGUACAGCACCGGGCCCCUCUUCCUUUCCGUGCUGUGGAUUGAAUACAUGCGCGAGCAUCGCCCAUUCUCCGAACACCUCCGGAUACUGAUGCCAGAUGAGUACAAGGGGUUCCCGUGGAGCUUCUUCAACAUCAGUAAGGGCAAUAGCUGGCACGGGAAAGAUGCGCAGACUAUCUUCUGGAUGGGCAAGCAUUGGCUGCUGCUGACAGUUAUCGGGUUUGCGACGGCAUUUUUGGUGGGGGGUGCGCUGUGGUGGGUGUGGACCUCGUUGCUGGGCGGCAAGAGGACGAGUGGUGGGCGCUCGAGGAUGAGCUUUUGGAGGAGGGUUAGUGGAAAGGACCGAUAUGAGCUUGUGGACCGAUCGGAUCGGAUGGCUUGA